UCCAAUUGCACAACUCUGGCCCCACCGUAGGCCCGGCGGCUUGAAAAUGACAAACCCAAUUUUUCGGCAAAAUCAAACGCCUCUGACUCCGACUCUCCAUUUUCCCUCCUCGGAAAUUUCACCCGCUCCUUCCUCUUCCUCCUUCUCCACCUAACCUCUCUUUUUUCUUCACCCACAUUCCCAUGUAAUGAAACGUAACCAUUAUUAUAUUCUCCAUAUUUGUCAAUAUUAAUCUCUUCACAUACAUCACAAAUUCCCUCGUUAUAAUGAUUUGAUAGCCACAUAUCAUAACAUCUAACAUGGGGUCUGGAUUCGAAGAAGGAGGAAUGGAGAGAGAUCAAGAGAGGGGCAUGGAAAAUUCAUGUCGGUCAAGUCCAAAUUUUCUUUAUUUUCUCUCUGAAGCAUCGUCUUCGUAUCCUUCUCCGGGAAGAUCGUCGCCGAUGUCAACGCCGAGAGCUGGCACUCUUGUUCUCUCCAACUCCGGCAAGGCUCUUCUUGUUUCCAGUUCUAGUAAGUCUCUUGUCUCCAAUUCUGGUAAGCGCUUUGACAAAAAAAAGUAUGUCAAGCAAGUUACUGGAAGAUUUCAUGACACUGAGCUGCACCUGGCUGCUCAGCGUGGGGAUUUGGGUGCUGUCAAGCAAAUUCUUGCUGAGAUUGAUGCACAAAUGACCGGGACGUUGAGUGGUGCUGAUUUUGAUGCUGAGGUGGCUGAGAUAAAGUAUGCAGUAGUGAAUGAGAUGAACGAAUUGGGAGAAACGGCAUUGUUUUCAGCGGCUGAGAAAGGGCACUUGGAGGUUGUGAAGGAGCUGUUGCAGCAUACGAGUAAGGAAGCCCUGUCGUUAAAGAACCGGUCUGGAUUGGAUUCUUUGCAUGUGGCUGCUAGUCAAGGUCAUCAAGCCAUCGUGCAGAUUCUAUUAGAGCACGAACCCUUGCUGAGCAAAACGGUUGGUCAAUCAAAUGCAACUCCUCUCAUGUCUGCUGCUACGAGGGGGCAUACUGCAGUAGUUGAGGAAUUGCUUUCAAAAGAUUCUAGUUUGCUAGAGAUAUCUAGAUCUAAUGGAAAAAAUGCAUUACAUCUAGCAGCUCGUCAAGGGCAUGUUGAGAUUGUGAAGUCAUUGCUCAACAAAGAUCCGCAAUUGGCUCGUAGGACUGAUAAGAAAGGGCAGACUGCGUUGCAUAUGGCCGUCAAAGGGGUGAGCUGCGAAGUGGUGAAGCUGCUUCUUCAGGCAGAUGCCGCUAUUGUCAUGCUACCUGAUAAGUUUGGCAAUACAGCAUUGCACGUCGCCACUAGAAAGAAACGGGCAGAGAUAGUGAAUGAACUGUUGCGUCUUCGUGACACCAACGUAAAUGCGCUAACACGGGACCAUAAAACAGCUCUUGAUAUAGCUGAGGCGCUCUCAUUUUCUGAAGAGGUCUUUGAAAUAAGGCAAUGCUUGGCUCGUUAUGGCGCAGUCAAAGCAAAUGAUCUUAACCAGCCACGAGAUGAGCUCCGAAAUACUGUAACACAGAUUAAAAAUGAUGUCCACAUCCAGCUCGAGCAGACCAGGAAAACAAACAGAAACGUUAACGGGAUUGCUAAAGAGAUCCGUAGGCUUCACAGGGAAGGAAUUAACAAUGCCACCAACUCAAUAACAGUUGUUGCCGUAUUGUUUGCAACAGUUGCAUUUGCUGCUAUUUUCACAGUUCCUGGUGGUGAUGAUAGCAAUGGAACGGCUGUGAUGGCGAAAACUACAGCAUUUAAAAUAUUCUUUAUCUUUAACGCUAUCGCUCUGUUCACAUCACUGGCUGUUGUGGUAGUACAAAUCACAAUCGUCAGGGGAGAAACGAAAGCAGAAAGGCGCGUGAUAGAGGUGAUCAAUAAGUUAAUGUGGUUGGCAUCCGUAUGCACUUCGGUGGCGUUUAUUUCAUCGUCAUAUAUAGUCGUCGGGAGGCAUUACCAAUGGGCUGCUAUUCUCGUUACGGUUAUUGGCGGAGUUACGAUGGCCGGAGUUCUUAGUGCUAUGACUUAUUAUGUAAUGAAGUCGAGAAGGAAACGCAGAGUGAGAAAGCGACAGAAAUAUAAUAAAAGUGCAGGAAAUAGUUCGUGGUAUGUUACGGAAACUGAGUCGGAAGUUAACACAAUUUAUGCCAUUUGAUGGUUAAUUGUCUAGCAAGAAAUGGGAGAUUACAGAAGAUUUUUGCAUUGUACGUAAGAUCAUUUGCUGUUCAUACCAUUUAUUUAUUCUUUUGUAUGUCUGAGGAGAAGUAGCAAUGCUAACAGAAGAUUGAACUUGAAGUAAAUGAACAUUUUGGCCUUUUGGAUUGCUGAAGAUGAAUAUAUUACUAUUGGAGUAUA